AUGGGCCGGUCGCCUAGUCCCCGUCGGCGUGACCGUGACGAAAGACGGGACCGUCGUGAUCGCGACAGGCGCAGACCGCGCACACGGUCACGAUCGCGGUCACUAGAACGCCGCAGACGGUCACCAGAACGGGAAAGACGGCGGUCACCAUCGCCACGGCGGCGUCGAUCCCGCUCAAUAUCUCCUACACCAACGACUUCCUUCGUACCUAAAGGAAAGAAAAGUUACGUCGAACGGCCCAUAGUCACGCCGGCGGAUUUGGAGGGAAAAACGCCGGAAGAACAGGAAAUGCUAAAGGUAAUGGGUUUCUGCGGCUUCGACACUACGAAAGGCAAAAAAGUAGAUGGUAACGUUGAAGGUGAGGUGCACGUCGUCUUAAAACGUAAGUACAGGCAGUAUAUGAAUAGGAAAGGUGGCUUCAACAGGCCCUUGGAUUUUGUGGCGUAA